AUGUUCGUUCCGUCACGUUGCUACAUGUUGCCUGCAUAUAGGCUGCCCGCCAUGGCCUCCUCGCUCUCCCCCGGCCUUCUCUUCCUCCUCCUGCAUCUCCUGUCCUUACCUGUCUCGACAGUCUUGCCUUGCGCUUUGUUCGUUACGUUUUGA